GGAGGGAGCGGAGAAAAUCGUAGGGCGUACUUUUACCACAAACACACACAAAGAGUUUGGGUCCCGGAAGAGGCAUUCCGGAAGUGUGGAGAAAAGGAUUUUUAAGAAGUUGAUGUGCCCCUUUCUGCCUCAGCCGCGCAUUGAUCCGGAAGUAAUCCUCUAAAGCGAGGUCAUUGGCGGUUCUACGGCCACCGGGAGGGGAAAAGCGCGCAUGUUUGAGCCAGCGCGAGGUGUGGUUGGGUCCCGAGCGGUAGUAGCCGCGUCUCCGGAGAGAGCAUCCUCGGGCUCGUCUUUUCUUCCUUCGUUCCCUUUCCCAGAGGAAUCCUCUUUCCUUCGCUCCACACCUUGGAUGUGAACUUCCUACCUGAGGACUGUAAAGACUAAUUUGAAAAUGGAAAAACCAGAACCAAUGGAUUCUUCUCAAAUAACCAAACAGUCUGUUGUUUCAGAGGAGUUAAUUACAGAAGGAAAAUGGGUCAAGCUCGAAAAAACAACUUACAUGGAUCCUACCGGUAAAACAAGAACUUGGGAAACGGUGAAACGUACAACCAGGAAAGGACAGUCUGCUGAUGGUGUGGCGAUUAUCCCAGUGCUGCAGAGAACGCUCCAUUAUGAGUGUGUUGUUCUGGUGAAACAGUUCCGGCCCCCAAUCGGAGGCUACUGCCUGGAAUUCCCUGCAGGUCUCAUAGAUGAUAAUGAAAGCCCAGAAGCAGCUGCUCUUCGGGAGCUUGAGGAAGAGACUGGCUACAAAGGUGACGUUGCUGAAUGCUCUCCAGCUGUCUGUAUGGACCCUGGUCUGUCCAGCUGCACCACCCACGUCGUGACUGUGACCAUUAACGGCGACGAUGCAGCAAACGUCAGGCCCAAGCCAAAGCUGGGAGACGGAGAAUUUGUGGAAGUAAUUUCUUUACCAAAGAAUGACCUGCUGAAGAGAAUUGAGGCUCUGGUAGCUGAUGAACACCUCACAGUGGAUGCCAGAGUCUACUCCUACGCGCUGGCGCUGAAACAUGCAAACACUAAACCCUUUGAAGUGCCCUUCCUGAAAUUCUAAGGCCAAAAAGGACCUGUCCAUGUUUUUGUAAAUGGGACCACCAGACCUUUUUCUCUCAGUCUUUAUAUGCAACACAGAUUAAUGGCAGUUUAAACUAGCUUUUUCACAAAAUAAAAGCACCAUUUAGAAUGCA